AUGUCUGUCCAGCCAUUGGCCAGGCUAGUCGCCUUCGUGAAGAAAUAUGCGAGCUACGCUCUAAAUCGUUAUAGGAAAUUGCAUCUCUACGGCAAGAUUUUUCUGUGGCUGGUUGUUUUCUUCGACCUUUGCCUGCUCGCAUUAAUAAUUGUGAUAACACCCGCAAAGAUUGCUCAAGUUUCUCAUGACAAGGCCAUCCUACUCGCAUCAACUCGUUUUGGCUGGCUUGCUCUUGGUGGCUUGAUGGUUUGCGUCUCAUUUCCACCACUCAUUGGGCACACAACACUCAUCACUUUGUGCGGCUUUGCCUACGGGAUGAAGGGUUUCUAUAUUAGCUCCACUGCGUCUGUUCUGGGCUCUGCCCUGGCAUUUGUUUCUCUGCGGUUUCUUUUUAGCAACCGACUUCAAGCAUGGUCAAGCAAGAAUAAGAAAUGGCAAGCUCUAGAAGCUGUAGUUACCGCUAAAGGAUUGCCCCUCAUCAUCUUGAUUCGCAUAUCUCCUUUCCCUCCGUGGGUUUACUCUAAUUCUCUGUUCGCUUCAAUACAAGCGGUCAAACUAUGGCAAUUUGUUGUUGCCACUCUUUUCAUCUUUCCUAAGGUUUUCCUUCAUACGUUCAUAGGUUCAAAACUGGCUGAGCUAUCCGACGGAGAACAACGUGACCAUAUGGACACCCGUACCAAAAUACUGGACGGCGUAUUUAUAGGCGUUAGCAUUGUUAUCGCUCUCUUUACUGGGUGGACCGUCUACAAUUCCGUGCAAAGUCAUAUACGGCACUUAGAAGGAUUUUCUCCUGAAGUCGAUGAACUAGCGGCUGAAGCCAUCGAAGACUACGACGAGGAAGCACCUCUGCUCUCUCCGCAACAAACGUAG